GGCCGUCACAAGCGCUUGUUGAACCUAAACAGAAACAGAGAGGCACUUCGGGCUGACUCCGUUUGUAAACAACAGUUUAUAAUAAUGAUGAAGUCUUGUUGCGUGUACAGCACCGGGGUGCUCUCUAUUCUAAUAUUAAUCGCUGGAAUUGCGAUGGUUUUGGCUCAGGUUUUCCAAAACCUCUUGUACAACAGGAUAAAAAGGGAAGUGGUGCUGGAAAAUGGAACAGAGGCCUUUGCGUUGUGGCAGGAUCCACCUCCACCGGUCUACAUGCAGUUUUACUUCUUCAAUCUGACGAAUCCUAAGGAAGUGCUGUCAGGAGACAGACCUGCGGUGAUUGAGCUCGGCCCAUACACAUACAGAGAGUAUCGACCUAUGGAGGGAGUAAACUUUAUGGACAAUGGCACCAAAGUAGCUGCUGUUAACCCAAAAACAUAUAUUUUCGAGCCCAACAUGUCACGAGGAUCUGAAGAUGACAUAAUCAGGACUGUCAACAUCCCAGCAAUGACAGUAAUGGAGAGGUUUCAAAAUUCCGCCUUAAGCCGUCUAAUCUCCGAUUUGAUGAAAGGUAAAGAAGAGGGGCUUUUUGGGACCUGGACAGUGAGAGAGCUGCUCUGGGGCUAUGAGGACCCGGUACUCAAAGAUCUUCAAGCAUUCGACCGUUCUCUGGACCCCAACUUCGGCCUGUUUUAUAAGAUGAAUGGCACAGGUGAUGGCGAGUAUGUGUUUUACACCGGCAAACAGAACUAUCAGGACUUUGCUCGAGUUGAUCUAUGGAGAAACCAGAGUUCUCUUGAAUGGUGGACCACAGAUCAGUGUAACAUGAUCAAUGGAACGAAUGGAGCAUCCUUUCAUCCAAUCGUCACCAAGACGGAGAAGCUCGACAUGUUUUCGUCAGAUCUCUGCAGGUCAAUCUAUGCUACAUUUGAGUCGGAGCUGAGCGUCAAGGGAGUUCCUGCUUACCGCUUUGUCCCUCCCAGCAAAGUUUUUGCAAAUUCAACGAUUAAUCCGGAUAAUGCUGGAUUCUGUGUGGGAGGAAACUGCCUCAGUUCUGGUCUGCUGAACGUCAGUGUCUGCAAGCAAGGUGCUCCGAUCAUCAUGUCCUCUCCUCAUUUCUAUCAGGCUGAUGAGAAGUUUGCUGACGAUAUAUUUGGGAUGCGACCCACGAAGGAGGAGCACGAAACAGCCAUCGACAUCAACCCACUCACUGGACUUGUUGUGCAAGCAGCAAAACGUCUUCAGGUGAACGUAUAUAUUGAGAAGCUUCCAGCUUUCAGCCAAACUGGUGAUGUCAGAACUUUGGUCUAUCCAGUGAUGUACAUUAAUGAGAGCGUCCUAAUCGAUGAGGAUUCAGCCAAAAAGCUCCAAGGCGUGGUUACCCAGGCCAACGUUGUGAUUAACGUGCCCUUCAUCAUUAUUGGUUUCGGCAUCUUAUUAGGCCUUGUCUUCAUCGUGCUCAUGUGUCAUAAAGAGCGGAGCACUCCUGAUGAACGCCAGCCUCUGCUGAGCUCGUAACACGACAGAAAGCGGAUGUUUUCCCCCGAAUGUCAACGCAGCGUCUGCAUCAGUGAACCGAUCGUGAAACACUUCAGUCAUGUGACCUAAUGCAGUAUUAUUCACACCUCUGGGUCACAGUAGAAAGACUUACAUUUUACUUUACAUUUGAAGCAGAACUAAGAACAAUUAAGCCAAGCAGAAAUGGCUUGAUUUCGUGUUGUAGCUGGUAAAUAUUUGCAUGCAGUUCGUACGGUCACUUACACUUUCUAUGAAGACUCUAAUAUGUCAUACAUUUCCUGUAUCGUGCUAGCAUUCGUUCCUUGAUUACUUGUAUUAAUGUUAAUAAUUGUGUUUAUAAAUAUAGUGCAUUUAUGAGUCCUCAAGGAAUUGUUAGCUACAAAUUCCUCAAAUUGUACAUAAGCUUGAACGACACGCAAACAGUGGCAUCCUGUGUCAUCACUUCAUCAGUUCAAGUUGAAAGUUUUUUUGUUUUGUUUUUUUAGGUCUUGAGCUAAUUGUGUGUAAUUGAAUAAAUGCUAUUGGUUCAUGACGCUGACGAGCAUUAUACUACUAUGAUAAUUUAUAUAGGCUUAACGUAAAUAUUGCUGUGUUUCCAUAAAUCCUGUGUUUCUGAAUGUUGGGAAAUUUACACUGUUGUGUUCGUCGUUAUAUAACUCAGUGUUCAUUCUGAUUGUUGUGAAACGUGGUUGUUAUUGUGCUUUUAAAUGAACAGAUAUAGAAUUUUUGUUUGUUUGUUCGUUUGUUUUAUGUUCAUCAAAAAACAGAAUAUUAAUUAGAUACUCUCACAAAUUACUGCAAA